AUGUCGGCCAUCUCACCACCCUUCACGCGCCGGAAGCACGUCCCCAGCCACUGCAAGCGCUGCGGCUGCUUCGAGUUCCUGGAUACUCGCCACUCGCGCAUGCGCAGCGGGGAGUACUCGGGGGAGGAGGUGUGUCUGGCGUGCCCGCAUAAGGCGCGGCAGCAUGUCUGGAACCUGAUCGAGGAGAAGAUAGAUUAUUCGCCGCCGAGGAACCCGGAUUCGCCUAUAUUCAAGAAAUAUGAGUUUGAGGAGCAGGACCAGAAUUCGUCGCCAAUGUGGAAGUAUAGUGCUAGGAAGGCGCAGCAGCGUGCUUUGACGGAGGUGAAGGUGCGGGUGAUACCGUUGAGUCCGACACUGCUAAUGAGUCCGGCGCUACUCUCGACAUACAAGUUGGAGAAGGAGGACGUGGAAAAGGCGCAAGGGGAUCUGGAAGAAGAGGGGGUGUUCGAGGAGGACGAAGAGGACGAAGAGGUAUUUGAAGAGGAGGAGAUUGAUAUCGAUAUCUCCAAGUUUUGCUCAUCUCCACCUAUUCUUUCGCCUGAACUUAUCAUUCCACCGCCUAUUGGAGGACGGGUCACAGUAGAAAAAGUGUACCAGUACAUGGUGGAGCGAAGCAACUAUACCGACCGUCUUCAACAACGGAUAUUAAAGAGAAUCGGGGAGAACAAGAUACUAUUAAAGAGCCUUUCUUCGGAUUCGUCGUCGGCCAGGGAAGAGAUGAAAAAAGUAAAGGGGGUGGUAGAUGAGAUUGCAGGCAACUAUUGGAGCGAAAGGCCAGAUAAGAGACUGAAGGAGGUUGUAAAGCCGGAAGUGAGGAGGAGGGGCGUUCGUGAAACAGGUAUUAUGGGGGUGAAUGCGGGGAUCAAGUGUCCCCAAAGAGCGAGAGUAAGCCCAAAUCGACAAGAUUCAAGGCCAACAGUCGGAGGUGAUUCGGAAGCGAUUGCAACCCAGUCAUCGGAGGGGAGAAGGAAUGUUCAAAACAGAGGCAGGCCUAUAAGUGGAGGAGAAGAAUUAUUUGUUCCCUCACCAGAAAGGAGUAUUAGCGCUACAAAGAUUCCACUGAGGAGUGGAGGUUUCAAGGUCAUUUCGUCUCCUGUGGCGGGAAGUGGGUAUGAAAUGGAAGAGACGGAUGAGGAAGAGGAGGAUUUUAUCGAUGAAGAGACUGAAGAGGAAAUGGAUGAAGAUGGGGAUGAAGAGAUGGUUGGGGAUGGGGAGUAUGAAGGCGAAGAGAUGGGAUUCGACCGAGAUGGAGAGGAAGAAUACGAAGAAGAUGAGGGGGGGGGGAACGAACGAAGAGAGAGUUGGGGAAUAGGUGAGCAUAGCCUGGAGGAGAGGAAAGAGGAAGAAGAGGGGGAGGGGGAAGAAGAAGAAGAAGAAGAAGAAGAAGAAGAAGAGGAGGAGGAGGAGGCGGAAGUUGAAGAGGAUGAAGAGGAUGAGGAUGAAUAUAUAGAUCCUAAUCAGAUAUACCUGAAUCGUUAUCAGAAUCGCCCAUUGGUACAGCUUUAUAGCGGCCUUCUUCCACUGAUGACCCCGAUUAAGGAAGAAGCUCAAUACUCAUCACCACGCCGGUCUUUUUCCUCUCCCAUAAAAACAAUAAUAUCCAGACAGCAGAUGGUUUCUAACCGAGGGAAGGUUGCUCCCGAGGUAAAUUAUUCCCAAAUGCUCCCCAAUGAAAUAAACAGACCUCAAGGAUUCAGCCCUCUUCGGCAGCAGCAUGAUUUUGCGGAUAUUGAAGAGGGAGCGGAAGAUGAAGAGCAGGUUGAUGAUAAAAAUAAUGGAGAUGAAGAUAAACAUCAUUCCUCUUCUAUUCAUCCAUCUGAUUUGGAUUCACAACUUUCCAACGCAUCUUCAUCCCAGACUCCGGAUGCACCAAGCAACAAAAGGCGACUGGAGGAUGAUGUUUCGAAGAGCAAGAAAGCUCAAGCCAUUGAAACGGAACCUAGAUCAUCCAAAAGACAACGCCUUAGGAACGAGCAAGAAAACACAGAUCAUGCGCCAGGAUCAACCAAGUAUGUAGAAACUUCCACGCCUUCAAUCGACAACGGCACAAAAGCAAAUAAUGGAUCUAAAGUUUCCCAAGGAUCGUAUAGUUCAAGUUAUAUUCUGAUCUCUUCGUCGCCAUAUGAAUCCCUCAGUGGCGAACCGCUUUCGGACGAGCUCCAGAGUCGAGCUAUCGCAGACAAAAGCCCGGGAGUCCCAGGACUUUUGUUCGUCAAUACCAAGACCCGAAAGGGUCGGUUAUCAGAUGAUUCUGGCAGUAGUGAGCAAGGGGUGGCUAUAGGCGAGUCACAGUUACUAGCGGAAGGCGCCAGACGUAAGAAGAUAAAGAAGAAAAGCAAGAGGGGGGAGAGAACUAAAUCAAAUAUGAUCUAG